CUGGCUGACCAGUGCUGGAAUGGCGGAUUUAUCUACCUGAUCAUGCUGCGUCGUAUCAAACGCAAAGCUCCUCUUCCUCCUUGCAAUGGCGCUGCCAGCGGCAGUGAACACAGGGCAAGCGUCUCCUCUGAGCCGAGUGGGAGCCCUGCUCACAAUGGGAAGAGGACCCGGAAGUUCGGGGUCAUCUCCCGGUCCUCCUUCACCCGGGACAGCAAGGACAGUAGUAGAGACAGCGGAGACUCGUGGCAUGAGAAUGGAUACUGCAACUCUGUGGAAAUGGAGGACUCGCCAAGAGAGACUGUGUACCCCGCGGAGCAACACUCAGAGGGGAACACCAGCACUGAGCCACCACUCUACAACGGGACCUCCUUUCCAACUGUGACAAGUGGGCUCCCCAGAAGUCGGCUCUCGGAUGGCGGGAAAACAGACUCCCUGAACAGCGAGCAUCCUGAACUGCCCAGAGAAGGCAGUCGAAUAUGGAAGAUGCACAUGGUGAAGGGACAGGAUGGACUAGGGAUCCAGAUUACUGGAGGCCGCGGAUCUAAGAAGUCCCCUCAUGGCAUCAUCGUGACUCACGUGGAAGAAGGAGGAGCAGCUCAGAGGGAUGGAAGACUGAAGUCCAGUGAUGAGUUGCUGAUGAUCAAUGGCCAGUCUCUGGUUGGCCUCUCUCAUCAGGAGGCUGUGAUGAUUCUCCGUUCUGCGGCAGGGCUUGUACAACUUGUUGUUGCCAGCAGGGAGUCAUCGCAGGUGGAUCUCCAGAAAUAUCCCUCGACCAGCCUACCUGAUUUAGUGAGUACCUGCUCGUCCCAGGGCAGCUCCCCAUCCCCUGCGGAGAAUAAAGAGAAUGUGAACCCUGAUGUGGAGGAUGUGACAGCCAGCUGCCUCUCUCUGCCCACUCAGGACUCGCUCACAGAAGUUGAUAAGAUUGAGGAUCGAGGAAGGACAGAGGGACCCAAGGGAUGCUGCCGCAGUCCAACGCCAAUGAAGUUCAGAAGCAGAUCUCAAGGGGGAGGGAGCCGCUUGGAGUCGGUUGGAGAGGACGAGGAGCUCAUUGUAGAGAAUGAGGAGGCUGGCUGCGACGUGUCAGAAAAACUCUCCCGAGGGGGCCGUAAGCACUCCCUGCCACAGCAGCUCGACACAGUGGGCACCCGGGAGGAAUACCAAAUUGUGAAGAAAUCAGCACGCUCCCUAAGCACCGUUCAAGUGGAGUCUCCAUGGCGACUAGCCCAGCCGUCUAUUAUCUCCAAUAUAGUUCUGAUGAAAGGGCAAGGCAAGGGUCUUGGCUUCAGUAUUGUUGGCGGGCAGGAUUCAGCUCGUGGAAGGAUGGGGAUUUUUGUGAAGACAAUCUUUCCCAGCGGUGCAGCUGCCGCUGAUGGGAGGCUCAAAGAAGGGGAUGAACUGUUAGAAGUGAACGGAGAGUCUCUGCAGGGCCUCACCCACCAGCAGGCCAUCCAGACCUUCAAGCAGCUGAAGAAGGGGGUGGUGACCCUGGCAGUGCGGACUCGGCUGCGCAGUCCCAGCCUAACCCCCUGCCCGACCCCGACCCUUCUGAGCCGCUCCAGCUCCCCCAACUCCAACACCAGUGGGGGGACCCCAGUGCCACCCUGCUCCGAGGAUGGAGACGGCACCUGCCGCAAGGGCCCCGGGCCCAAGGACCGCAUCGUCAUGGAGGUGACACUCAACAAAGAGCCUGGAGUGGGACUGGGAAUUGGGGCUUGCUGCCUGACGCUGGGAUCUCCAGGGAUCUACACUCACAGCCUCGCUCCUGGCUCCGUGGCCAAGAUGGAUGGCAGGCUCAGUCGUGGAGACCAGAUUCUAGAAGUGGACUCAGUGAGCCUCAGGCAUGUUGCUCUGAGUGAAGCCUACGCCAUUCUCAGUGAGUGUGGACCGGGCCCAGUCAACCUGAUCAUCAGCAGACACCCCAACCCAAAGGUUUCAGAGCAAGAGAUGGAUGAAGCGAUUGCACGCCCCACUCAUCGGGAAAGCCAAAGCAGAGACAGCCAUUCUUCUCAUGUGCUGGGACUUCCCUCCAAGAGUCCAUCUCCCACUGUGAAGCCCAAGCAAAGUGAUGGGGCCUCCUCUCUCAGCUGGACAAUGAAACGCUUCCUCGAACCAGCUAGCAGGCAAGGGUCCCUAAGCUCGGAAGUGGAGCUCUCUCAAUACUUUUCACAUAUGCCCAGCCAGUCAUCUCUCUCAGAUACCAUGGUAACCGGCUCCAGUGAUGAGGAAUUGCUCCGCAACAAGAGCUGCAACACCUCAUUGGAUGACAGCUCAGCCCCACCCCUUAACCCAGCCUUUAAAGAGCCAGCCUCUGCCAGAAUGGAUGUGGCCUCUACUUCUCCACGCAGCAACGGGAAGAACCCUGCGAACAGGCAUGUGGAGGCUGCCCGGCAGGCCAGUUUGGGGGGAAGCCCCAAGUCCGUGCGCAGCCCCCUGCUGAGGCAGCGCAGGGUCAUCUGCUACGAGGAUGAAGUCAGUGACGAGGAUGAGGACCUGGUGCAAGCGGAGGGCCCCGGCGCUGCCGUCCGCUUCAGGAGGUCUUUGCAUGUGGGCGGGGUAGAAGAGGACUCUACGAUUGUGAUAGAGGGAGGUGCCCGCAGGAUACUGGAACAGGACUCUGGGAUUGUGAUGGCCUGCUCCUCUGUGGAAGUGGAGGACGAGAGCCAGGACAGUGAGGCUCCCGCUCCUCUCCACGGCAGCUCCAUGGAGUCGGAAGAUGACCUGGGGGCAGAGCAGCUGCAGGGAGGAGAGUUCCCCUCCACACCUGUCCGCUCCUUGGAUCACGACGCAGGCGGCAGCAACCUGGGUGUUAAGAAAGAGCAGCACCGCGAAGGCCAGCUGGAGUCCAAGCGCUCACCCAAGCUGGAGCACAAGGCUGUCACCCGGGUCAAAAGCAUGAUGAACACCGAAUGUCCACACCUGCCCCAGCGGCAGAAGAACGAGGAGCACCACUGCCAAGCCGGAGGCAAACCGGUAGCCAAGCCGCUGCCUCACAGCAAGAUACCUGAGGCUGCAGACUCCUUGGGACCAGGCACUACAGAAAUGGUGCGACUGACAAGGAAGGAGUCGGAGUCCUUUGGCCUGGAUUUGGAGAUCAAGGCUUCUCCUCUCAGGGUGUUGAUAGCGGCUUUACGGCCAGGAGGUGCUGCUGAUAGGGAAUCUAUGGGAAAGCUGAGUCCUGGAGAUGAGCUGGUAUCAAUAGGAGACACCCCAGUUAGUAGCAUGUCAUAUCAGGACAUGUGUAACCUUAUGCAGACCCUGCCAGCUUCUCUCUCAUUAGAAGUAAAGAAGCCACUAUCUGCUGUAGACAGACUCUCCAGCCUCAUGAUGUCAUCGAGUCCUGAUGGAGCAUCCCACCCAGAUGCCAACAAGAGUUUGGUUACUCAGGAAGGCCCUGUGGAAAUCUCAGAGGAUGCAUCUGCAAAUAAAGAGAACGUGCAGUCUGGAUUAGUUCUGCCACCUGCAGAUGAGCCCUCACAAUUACAAGUGCAUUUAAUGGACUGCAGUAGAAGUGAUCUUCCUGUCACCGAUAUUGAUGACUUUAUAAGUGAACUAAACUCUACAGAGAAAACAACACACUUGAAUGAAGAUCAGAGUGCAAGCAAGGUCAAUGGUCCUUUGGACAAUAGGAUAACACAGGAGAACAACAGCAAGUCUGGUUCUACUGGAUCUCAGCAGAAUAGACUGGGUUUCUCAGUUCUGGGCGCUGGGAACACUGGCAAGUUCUUCACUGUCAGUAAGACAUUUUUAAAUAGCUACUCCAGGAACUUCAGCAGUCUGAAUGAAGAAGAACUUUUCAGUUCAAAGGGUGCUGAUGAGUGCAUGGACACAGGACCACUGAAAUCUAUGUACUGUACAGUAGAUGAGAGUGACUCAGAAACAGACUCUGCUGCUGACCCCAGUCCCCAGGCCAUGAGAGCUGUAAAGUGCCAUGCUAAUAACGAGCAUGGGGUACUGCAGAUUACAGACUCAGACGAGGAGCAGGUUGAGAUCUGUUAUGAUUCAACACAUGACUCCAGCACACAUUGUCACUCAGACAAAAACAAUGUUCAGGGCAGACCUUUCUCACUUUGCCAUGGAAUCCCAGACAGGGCCAAUGUAAAUAAGGUUCAUUCCUUUGCAGCUAGCCGAGAAGAACUUCCGUUUACACUACAGCAGAGGUCCACUUCAAAGCCAGCCUCACCACCAACUAAAUUUAAGCCUACAGGUGCCUUUUCCCCUUCAGAUAAAAAAGACGUAGCCAGUGGGUCUUCCAGAGACAAUGUAUCGGUUAGCAGUGAUGGACUCUCCUCACAAGAAUGCAGUAAAGAGGUGGUCAUAGUUUCCUGUGACAAGGAGGUGGGAUCUGACAAAUCACAGCCAACUUCACCAAGGCAAGGUGAUGUCAACCAUUCUGCCUUAAUGCACACAGACUCUCAUUUACCUCCCAAAACUCACAGUGAGCUGUAUAGGUCAUAUUCAGAUGCCUUACUUACAUCACACAAAAGUAGCAAUUCACAUCUCUUCUCCCAGGGCAGUGAACCUAGGUGCUCCCCUCUUGGUAAUUCCACACUGGGGGGGGGGGCAUUGACAGCACUGACCGUUAAAGACAGAGAUCAGGUUAAAGUGAAUCCUUCCCUUGGUUUAAAGUCAUCUGUUUCACACAUACAAAACAAUUCCUGUCAGUUUUCUUGGGUCUCGGGUUUGAAAACUCAAUGUGAGAGUGCAAGCGCAGCACACACAGGUAGAAUGAAACUCCAAGAUAAAGUACAGAGAUCGAACACAGCACCCAGACUGAAGGGACUCAGUAUUAAAAGUAAAAACAAGGCACUAGAUGGGUCUGUGACCACAAAGUCCACAAAGGUUGAAGUGGCUUCCCAGAAGAAAAUGUCAGUGUCCCCGCUGCAGUCACCAAAGCUUCAUCCCAAGAAAGAAUCUUUAACAUAUAACCUGAAAACAAGCAAGCAGCUUGAAAAAAACUCAACAGGUUUGCCAAAACCGAGUGGUCAGAAGAAAGACCACAGACCGCCUGAGCUUGAGAGAAAGGGAGUGGAAGAUCAUCCCAGUUCAAAUCCUGCAGCGAGUGACUCAGCAGCACAACGAUGUGAACCGUUAGCAGGAGAAACACAGCUUGCACGUGCAGCACCAUACUCUCAGAUGACUUCACCGGACAAAGUACAGCCAGAAACAGUGACGACUCAAAGAAGCUUCAUUGAAGUAAGACUGUCUUCCUCAUCUUCACCGUCAUCAUUAGCAUCAACACCAAUUAUUGAGCGCAGGGAGACUCCAGAAACAAAUGCAGUCCCUGCAGUUGGAGAUGCAUCUACCAAAGUACUGAAAGACUUGGACGCAACAAGGAUUUUUCAUAAAGCGUCAGGAAGAAGCGAGUCUCUACAAGAAGAACAACGCAGUAGGGCUGAAGCAAUAGGGCCCUGUCUCAAUGAUAAAGCAAGUCAACUUGAUAAGCAAGACCCUUGUGCUUUUACAGAGGCUGGAGUGGAGCCAGAACCUCACCACAGUUCAUCCAGCAGCAGUACAAUCAUCAAACAAGAUGAUGAUGGUUUCAAGAGCUCAACAACAGUGGAACAAAACAAGUCCAACAGACCCAAACUGGAGGUCUUGAAAACAGAGAGACGGAGUUACUCCAUCGAAUCCAGCCUCCCUCUGGAUCACAACUCCUUCUCGGUCAGACAGCGGAUAAAGUCUUUCGAGAACCUGGCCAGUUUUGACAAGCCGGUAAUCCGAGCCAUCGAAAUACAGUCAUUCACUGUCACUUCUAAACCUCCAGUGGGCAGGAGAUCAUCAGGCAGUGUGACAGCUUCAGCAGCAGGUGCCCACUCUAUGGACGGUUCCCGGUCCUUGAGAAGGAGUCUGAGCUCAUGUGCUGAUAACUCCAGUGAGGCUCCAGUGACGUCCCCUCGUCUCAAGAAGUCUCCAUCCACCAUGGCUCUGAUAGGUCUUGAAUCCAACCCUGUUGAGAAUAUAAGAGAGUCCCAUACUGAAGAGAAAGCUUUGGGUGUUGCCUCAGUGAGCGAGCAAGACCCUGUAUCCCAAAUUCCGCCUGUAUCCCAUAGUAGGAACCCCAGGGGUUAUUCAUCCCUGUCUCGUUCCAGACUUAGGGAACUGAGGGCACUAAGCAUGCCUGACCUGGACAAGCUGUGCACUGAGGACUUUGCAAGUGAAGCUAACACUGUCACUUUCAAAACUGAGCUGGAAAUCCAACCUAGGAGGUCCUUGGGGGCCCCGGCAGUGAGGCUUACCAAUCUGAACAGGAGCGUGACCCCUGGCUCAGUGUCUGAAGAGGAGAGGGACAAUGACAAGAAGUUUUCAGACAACAGCUGGUCAAUCAGUCUAAGUGAAUUAUCAGUCUCCACCCUUGACCAGAACAAGCUGCAGGGCGUUUUGACCUCCCUGAUGUGUAAAACAGAUGUGGGGACCUUAAUGCAGCAAGCCAAGGCUCUUGCAGAGGGCAAAGAAGAGGUUUACUUUGUAGUCUUGACCAAAGAAGAAGGCUCAGGUCUGGGCUUCAGCAUUGCAGGAGGAGUCGACUUGGAGCAGAAAUGUGUAACAGUGCACCGUGUUUUCGCUAGAGGUAUAGCAACUCUGGAAGGUACCAUUCAGCGGGGGGACAACAUUAUUUCAGUCAGUGGAACCCCCCUGGGGGGAGCCUCCCAUGGAGAUGCCCUUUCUGUACUGCAUCAGGCCCGUCUCCGUAAACAAGCCCUGGUGGUUAUCAGAAGAGGAAAGGAGUCUGAGCCAUUGUCUCCCAGACAGGAAGUGUCUGCUUCCGGAGGAAGGCGGUCCCAAUCUGCAAGAGACGUUACCAUGGAAGCAGGGACAGGUCCAGCUGUAGACUUGGGUGAUGCCAUCAUUGUUGAGCUACAAAAGACCUCUGCUGGCCUGGGCUUCAGUCUCGAUGGAGGAAAGGCUUCAGUCCACGGGGACAGGCCUCUGUAUGUUAAACGCAUAUUCAAAGGUGGUGCUGCCGAGCUGUCCAGGGUGAUUGAGGUUGCAGAUGAAGUGCUGGCCAUUAAUGGAAGGACUCUGGAGGGACUGAAGCACUACGAUGCCUGGAACAUUAUCAAGGCGGUCUCGGAGGGGCCAGUCCAGUUAAUUAUAAGAAAACAUCAAGCUUCUGUAUGACCAUGAACCCCUGCCUAUUCUAUAUAUAAUAACUGAAAAUGGAACUUGAUCACUGUGUGCCAAAAAAGCAUGAGUGGCAGGCCACUGUAUUGCAUAAAUAAAAGGAGAGGGUCUUUUCACUUUUCUACCUAAACACAUUUGUUACUGUGUUUAUAAAUCUAUUCCUAUUUGUGUAUAUAUCUGAGGCAUUAGCACUGCUGUCAAGCCCCACAGAGCUGGCAUGUUGUCAUGGUCUGUCACCUGAUCAGAGGGGCAGAGCCGUGAUCCUUGUGUUCAUAUAUACAAUCCUGCCUUGCAUUAUGUCCCAUAUUUAUUUAUUCACAUCACUGAUGUGGGUAAAACUGGAGUGCUGGUGGCUACACAGGCUGUAGGGUUUCUUGUGCAUGUUUUUCAGUGAAUUUGGUUUUUCAGAAAGGAGAGACAGUGCUGUUGGCUGUGGUCAGGCAUGGUGCAUUGGACAUCCCUUCACAACUCUGCCAGCUCAUCUCAAUUCUUCUCAACACCCCCUGCCUGCUGCGCUCUGCCAGUCUGUGUGCUGUGGGCUGAGACCACCAGACUAUGCGUUACAUUUUCUUCAUCACACAGCAACUAAUGCUUGUCACGUCAGAGGAUUUAACCUACUGCACAGGAAUUUGAUUUGGUUUUUGUUUGCUUUUGUUUUUAGUGAUAAAUAAACAGGACUCUAGGCGGUGUAAAAUUCCUGUCUCUUUUGAAAGGUGAUGGGACGUCUCUCAUUUGAUUCCCUGCUUGAGUUCUUUACAUUUGACCAAGUAGACAGGAGUGUGAUGUUUGGAUUUGACAGUUGUCCAUGUUUUAACUGUGCAGGACAACAACCCCGUGAUUUAGUUUCUACACAAUUUUGAUUAAGUCACAAAUAACUUUUUUCGAACUAAUCCUGUGUGCAGCAUUUCAAAUUAAAGCAAGCAUUCCAUCUCGGAUGCUGUUUGUUAAAGCAAUGUCAUUUGCAAUGAUAUUCCAAUGGACAGGUUAUAAAGCAGAGACAGGCCUUUAUUACUUAUAAUUACAUUCUGCAGCAAAUUUGGAUGGAAAGGUGAUUUGACAUCCUUGUUGUAAAAGCUACAUGCUGCUUGGAAAUAUUCAGCAUUAUUACAUCUUCAUUGAGUGAAAAAGCAUGCAUAUGUUAUCUGUUGUGUACAGGUGUAGGGCUGUUACAAAAGAACACAUCCUAAAAGCACAGCAAUCCUGUACAUUGCUUGUACAUUGAUAUGACUUUCUUUAAGAAGAAUCAAGUGUAUAAGAGGCAGACACGUCUUUCAUGCUGUUCUGAGUAAAUUAGUCUGUUGUUAGUAGUCAUGUCUGGGUUAGCUUGCCAUUCCUCUCCCUCUAUGCCCCAACCAUACAACUUCUGUAUGAUGAUGAACCCUAGCUAUUCUGAUUGCAAUGGUCAGGUGCGCACGUUGAGUUGAGCUUACUUGCAAAACAGCAAUACAGUCCGGAUCUCUUACUAUGUAUGAAUUUCUUCAAGAAUGUCUUGCCCGUUCCUGGUGUUAAAUGCCUCUCCUAGUGUGUCACAAUAUGUAACACCCAGCUUUUUGAGAAAUUACCACAGGUCUGUCAUUUUAUAAUCAGGCACACGGAUUAUCAAAUCAGAUCUUAAACUGAGGGAACAACUGUGGCUUGGAACUUGGUUUCAGGAGACUAGGUUUCCGGCAACACCAGGGGAGACUUGGGCUUUGAUACAGCAAA